CUGGGCAAGUCACUGAACUUCUGUCCGGCAGGCAGCCGCUGACUUGUUCAUCUGUCUCCCCCCGUCCAGCGAUCUGCCUGCCCAACCAGUUCCGUUGUGCCAACGGCCAGUGUAUUCUCAUCAAGCAGCAGUGCGACUCGUUCCCAGACUGCAUGGAUGGUUCUGACGAGCUCUUGUGUGAGAUCACGAAGCCCCCUUCUGACGACCCGCCUUCCCACAGCAGCGCCAUCGGGCCCGUCAUCGGCAUCAUCCUCUCCCUCUUUGUGAUCGGCGGCAUGUACUUUGUGUGCCAGCGCGUGGUGUGCCAGCGCUACGCCGGGCCCAGCGGGCCCUUCCCCCACGACUACGUCAGCGGCACGCCCCACGUGCCCCUCAACUUUAUCGCCCCCGGCAGCUCUCAGCACGGCACCUUUACAGGCAUCUCCUGUGGCAAGUCCAUGAUCAGCUCCAUGAGCCUCAUGGGGGGCAGCAGCGGGCUGCCCCUCUACGACCGCAACCACGUCACCGGCGCCUCGUCCAGCAGCUCGUCCAGCACCAAAGCCACUUUAUACCCACAGAUCCUGAACCCGCCUCCUUCUCCUGCCACCGACCGCUCGCUGUACAACACGGAGAUGUUCUACUCUUCAAACAUUCCCUCCACCACGAGGUCGUACAGGCCGUACAUCAUCCGCGGGAUCGCGCCCCCCACCACCCCAUGCAGCACGGACGUCUGCGACAGCGACUGCACGAGCAGCCGAUGGAAGGCCAGCAAAUACUACAUGGAUCUGAAUUCAGACUCAGACCCCUACCCACCCCCUCCCACCCCCCACAGCCAGUACCUCUCAGCAGAAGAGAGCUGCCCCCCGUCACCAGCCACCGAGCGGAGCUACUUCCAUCUCUUCCCGCCACCCCCCUCACCCUGCACAGACUCCUCCUGACCUCGGCCCCUCCGCCUGGGCCUGCUUCCCCCCCUGUAAAUAUUUUUAAAUAUGAACAAAGAAAAAUAUAUUUUAUGAUUUAAAAAAAUAAAUAAAUAUGGUUGGGAUUUUAA